AUGGGGGCGGCGAAGAGAAACGGGGGUGAGAAGGGGCUCCUCUGGAGGCUGCCGGAGGUCACCUCAAGGGAGCUCGGCAAGAUCGGCCCCGCCUUCGGGCUCGGCAUAGGCUGCGGCGCCGGCGCCGGAGUCGGCUUCUUCGGCGGAUUAGGUUAUGGAUUUCCUGGACUCACUUUAGGCUUCGGAGUUGGAGCUGGCUGCGGUAUAGGAUUUGGUUUUGGUUAUGGCUUGGGCAAAGGAAUUGCUCGUGAUGAAAAGAAAAGACAUUCAAACGUUGGUAAAAUAUUCCAGGAAACUCCAAAUCUGCCUAAGGACACCAUUGCCGGUUUGUUUGACGAGUUGGUUGUAAACACCAAAAAGCUUGCCACCGCAACUUCAAAACAGAUUGAAAAAUGGCACUGA